GAAGCUCCGGGCUGCUGUAAGCGGAGCAGGGACCGGCAGGGACACUUGCUGUGGACACAGGAGCUCAAAGAGAGUGGACACCGCUUACAGAGACACGACACAUCACUUUCACUCGACCCACGACACCGCAACAUGGCUUCAAAGUGCCCAAAGUGUGACAAGACGGUGUAUUUCGCUGAAAAGGUGUCAUCACUGGGAAAGGACUGGCACAAGUUGUGUCUCAAGUGUGACCGCUGCAACAAGCUCCUCAACGCUGGAGGCCACGCUGAGCACGAUGGACGGCCCUACUGCCACAAACCGUGCUAUGCUGCCCUCUUUGGGCCAAAAGGUGUGAACAUCGGUGGAGCCGGCUCUUACGUGUACGAUACUCCAGCCAACAACAACCCAUCUCCCACUGGUGUGGAUUCAGCACCCAAAGCUGAGGAGAAGCGAGUCUUCGCCCCCAAGCCACCAUCCAAAGCUGGCAGCAUCACCACCUUUUCCGGAGAGGCCAACCUGUGUCCCCGAUGCAACAAGAAGGUGUAUUUUGCCGAGAAGGUGACAUCACUGGGUAAGGACUGGCAUCGACCCUGUCUGCGCUGUGAGAGGUGCAGCAAGACUCUGGCUCCUGGCAGCCACGCAGAGCAUGACGGCCAGCCCUACUGCCACAAACCAUGCUAUGCUGUUCUCUUCGGGCCCAAAGGCGUGAACACUGGUGGUGUUGGCAGCUACAUCUAUGACAAGGAGCCCAGUGCAGUGACCCAGCCUUGAACCUUUUGUUCCCUCAGCUUCAUCCCUCUUCUCUACACUGACCAUCAACCACAGUAUUAUUUGUAGCCUUUUUUGUUUUCUCUUCCUCCCACCUGUGCAUUCAUACCUGAGACAACCAGCCUUCUGAUCCUUUUGUCCUUUAUUCUGACCCGGCUCUGAUGUAUUUAGCACCAUAAGGAAUGAUUACAAAUUGCCUAGACGUGUUUAUCUGUGUAUUUGCUCCUGGAGAGCCACAUCCAGCAUUCCCACAGAAUAAUACAAAUAAUUUCAAUCAUUUUUGCACAUAUACAAAUGUAUGAGAACACAUUAAAUGUCACCACAGUCAAAUAUGAACGUCUUAUAUUUCAAUUUUGUACCCUGGAAACAGUGUGAUUGAUGAUGUCUGUUUUGAGAUGUUUAGAAAAAAAAAAUGUGAUGGUGAGUGAUUCUCAGGUGUGGGGGGUAAAAAAGUGCAUUGUGGGUCGUGUUGACAGCCAGAGGAAUUUCAACUCAGAGGCUGCUGCACGCACAGGUGGUGCUCAGGAGUGCGUUGCCAAUAAAUCUGUAUUUUACAAAUGCCAUAUUUGCAUUUUGGCUGCCUGACAACAUUCCUUAGGUAAAAAGAAAAGUAAAAAAAAAAAAAAAAAAAACUCCCAACAUAUUGUAAAAAGAUGGGAAAGUGGAUCCCUCAGACAACUGUUACCAAUUUUUACCACAUCCACGAGGCUGUACUGAGUCAACAUGCAUUUAUUGUACUUUUUGAGCAUAUGUUAAUAACCUGUUUAAAGUCAAAUCUGGAUGAUGUACUAAUAAAUAAGAGAAAUGUCUAUUUUUAAAACGAGGCAGAAUGUGGGUGAAGUUUUGGGAAGGGAGGGCUAUGAUUUGCCAGAUUUAAAACAUGUAUUUAUUGCUUUAAACCACGUCCUUUAAAUUUAAUUAGCCUUUAUACUACUACCCUUUUAUGGGACUGAUUACGAAGGAGGCCAAACAAGGCAAUGUAAGCUGUAUAAAUCUCUGACAAAGAUUUUUAUUGUUAAUUUCAAAUAAAUAACCCUGCUGUAAUUUUCCGAGAGAUGACAUGCUAUUUGAAGUAUUUUUUGCCAUUAGCAGAAACAGUAGCUUAGCUUGUAGAGACACUGCAGACAAGUCAUUCUGUAAGAAUGUGCAUCCUUAGUAUUACUGUACGACUGUUACUGUGUUUGUUUAAUACCUGUUGUACAUCGUAGGGCUUCAUAGACACUGCAGGGCUCACUUGUUUGUAGAACUGAAAUGCUGCACUUCAGCCCUGCUGCAUUCGUCUUUUUAAUCCCUCGAAUAAAUAUUUCAGAAACUCUU